CAAGCUCAGACAAAUUUUCACUCGCGAAGGGCGGAAGGAACGCGCACUUGAUUCCGCAUCCGGGACGCUGUUGUGUUAGCGCCGCCACGCGCCUCUGAGCAGUCUUGAACGUAGCUCAGCACCUACCUUAUCAGCUAUAGUAUCCACCGGCGCAAGUAUCUGCCAAAAUGGCCGAGAAAUGCCUCCGCAACGCCAGCUGCAAGUGCAGCAUGUGCGCGGGCUUCGACGUGGCGUCUCUGAUGAGCAUCUCCAAGUCUAUUUCGUCCAAUAUCAAGUACGGAGAUGACGAAGAAGGCGACGCAGCACAAGAAGUGGCCCCUCCGCCGCCUCGAUUCGGCGGUGUGGUCAAUUCGCCGCCUGCCCCGUCCCAGAAGAAGAGUGUAGUGGCUAAUUCUCCGCCUCUACGGGCCGUCAAGAGAACUCCGUCGGCACCAGCAGCAGUACAAAACGCCCACGCGGACACACCGAUGGAAGAUGUCUCUAUGGCUGGUGCUGGAGCUCAGGAUGUGGUCAUGGAGUCGUCUCCGACCAUGAAAGAUACGCAGAUGGAGAGUGUGGCCUCCACGCUGUCCAAUAUGGAAGUCGAUAGCCCGGCAGCCGCUGGAGGACAAGGCGAGGCGGUCUCCAUCGAUGCGGUACUGCCAAAACUCACGGACAAGAACUGGAAAGUACGGAAAGAGGGCUUUGAGGAGCUCAAGACGCUGUUUGAACAGCCAGGAGUCAAGACGAACCAGGUGAGACCUGCCAUGGAGUUGUUUAAAAAGAUGUGCGAGGACGCCAAUGCUAGCGCCAUGGAGGCAGGCAUCGCUGCGGUGCUUGCGUAUACGCUGAACGUGGAGCCUUUCGACAAGGAAAUAGUGAGCGGAGUGAUGGCACGCGUUACAGAUAAAGGAUUCUCGGCCCGACCGGGCAUUGUGAAGCUCUGUACUGAGCUGACAGACGCUUUUAUUGCCGCCAGUGCAGCAGAGGAGACAGUGACGGCUCUGCUGGAAGGUACGAACAACCGCAAGCCCAAAGUGCCACCGGCUUGUGCAACGUGCAUACUCGACGCUUUGAAGGAGUACGGACCUCGAGUUGUGCCGCUGCAAGCGAUUAAAACAGCACUGCCUAAGCUGAUGGAAGGUGCUGUGAAGGUUCGACCAAUUGCGAUGAGUAUUAUGGUGGAGAUCCACCGGUGGACUGGCCCGGCGCUCGUACAGGAUAUCGUGGCUAAUCUUCGACAGGCACAGCAGACUGAGUUCGAAGAACAGACGAAAGAUGUUGUACCUGGUCAGGCUGCACCAACCAAGUUUGUCAGAGGCGCGAAGCCAGCUAAAGCUGCCGGCGGUACUGCUGGUAAACCAUCGAGCGGUGCAUCAGGAGCGGCGGAGCCUGCCGCUCCAGCAUUUGACCCCCGUGAUUUUGCAGAGACCGUGGACUUACUUGCAAAGCUCCCAAAGACGGAAUUUAAGGCCAAGUUGGCGCUGCCUAAAUGGAGCGAGAAGGUGGAGGCAUUAAAGAUUGUUCUAGAACUGAUUGGUCCCGUGCCGAAGCUAGCGAAUGGUGAUUAUUAUGAACUCGUGUCGACACUGAAAGCACUCACGAAUGACUCAAAUGUGAACAUUGUGGCGAAGUCGAUUGAAGUAUUUGGUGCACUCGCGGACGGUCUGCGUAAGAAUUUCACACAGUACGCUCGGAUGAUGUUCCCUGAGUUGCUUCGGAAACUUUCAGACAAGAAAUCAGUUGUUUUGAACGCGACAAACAAGACGCUGGACUUGUUUCUUCAGCAUGCGAUGACGAUUGACAUGAUGAUGGAUGACCUGAAGCUAGCUUGCGAUGCUGCGAAGAACAAGGCUCCUCCUGCACGGGUUCAAACGAUGGGUUACCUGAGUCGUGCUGUGGAAAACCGCUAUGUGGAUUUGAACGAUAAGGCACUGAUCGUGGCUUUUGGAGGAAUGUUUAUGAAGGGCAUUGAUGAUACCGAUCCCAAGGUGCGGGAUGCGGGUCAAAAGUGCUUCAUUGUACUCUUGCAAGCGACCGACCAGACAGCUGGAUGGCUGCAGAAUAUGAUGGAUGAGAUCUCUCGUAAAAAUCCUCGGGCAUUCAAGACAAUCCAGAAGGGUCUUGGUGGCGGCGGUGGCGCCGCUUCAACGCCGUCUUCUCGUCCUGGUAGUGCUCAAUCUUCUCGUCCAGGAAGUGCGCCUUCCCGGCCUGGUAGCGCUCCGCCGUCACGUCCCGGCAGUGCCGGAAGUGCUGCAAGUCGUUCGAGUUUCGGUGGAUCCAGAACAUCAGAGCCCGACGGGGAUGUGGAAAUGGACAGCACUCCCACUCCUGCUGGCCCCAGACGCCCAUCUCUGAAGAAGCGUGGACCACCUAGUCGACUUGGUAUGAAGCCUGGUGCAGCUGGCACCUCAAAAGCAGCCCCGUCAAGAAAACCUCCUGCUGCUGGAUCGAGUACUGGUCCGUCGACAGGUGGAGGUGGUAGCACUGACUUCACCCCAAUAGCAAUCUCGGUUACCGCAGAAGAGGCAGAAGAUAUUAUUGCUGAGCUUCAACUGGAUAACUGGAGCUCGAUCCAGGAAGGUUUCGCAAGUUCAAAAUGGAUGGAACGCAAAGGUGCAAUUGAAGGACUGGAGGAGUAUGCCAGGGCAAACUCCAGCAUGAUGAAUGUGCGAGUGAUCGAGGCGUUUACGAUGUACCUCUCAAAGCAAGUAAAGGAUUUCAAGGACAGCAAUAUCAACGUUCUCAAGAGUGCAUUCCAAGCAGUUGGAACGUUUGCAGAGACUGCUGCCAGCAAAUUCCCACGCGGUGUUGUCUGUCUGGUCACUCCUCGUGCCUGUGACAAGAUUGGAGACAGGAAGGCGAACGAGGCAGUGCGAGCCAUGAUCAUGCAGUUUUGCGAAGCUACCAGCCCAGCGUAUACGACUGGAUGUAUGAUCGAGUACAUGCCGAAGGUCCGCUUGCCGCUAGCGCAUAUUGAAGCUCUUGUAGUCUUGUCCGAGUGCGUAAAGGACUUUGGUAUCUCCAUCUGCAACCCACGCGCUCUUAUUGACUUCGCGAAGGGCCCUCAAGGACUGGAAGGUUCAAAUCCCAAGGUUCGCAGCGCUGCGACCUCACUGCUCAGUACAAUGUACUCGCAACUUGGACCAGCAUUACUUCCGAUCUUGAAUCUGGAGAGUUGGAAACCAGCUUUGGCUAAGACUGUGGAAGACGAGUUCAAGAAAGUGGGCUUCGAUCCAGCGAAGGCACAGGCGACUGUAAAGCGCCAGGUGAAAGACCAAGAUGCAGCACCGGCUGCGGCAGACCCUGGCGCGUUGUUCGGCCGUGUUGAUGUGAGUAGCCAAAUUACGAAGGAAUUGCUUGAGGAUAUGAAGAACGAGAAAGACAAGGUUGCUUGGAAGAAACGUGCGGAGGCAAUGGAUAGCGUUCAAGCCAUUUGUGAAGGCGCUGGCUGCGCCAUUGAGUUCACUCGACCUGUACAAGAAGUUCUUCGCAGUCUGAAAGCUCGUCUGAACGACUCGAACGCGAACUUAAAGGUUAAAGCUGCGAACGUUAUCGGAGUCGUGGCAACUAGUGUUGGACCCGAUAUCGCCAAGAUGUCAAAGAUACUUGGCGCGAGUUUGAUCGCGGGUGUGGCCGACAACAAGAAGACGAUGCAAGCUGCGGCUAUCCAGGCUCUCCACAAAUGGGUUAACCACAACAACGAGACGUCGUCAGCGUGCAUGGAAAGUUUGCUGUCUCCUCUAUCGGAAGGUCUGUUGAAUACUGUCGGAAGAGCAGAGCUGCUUGGAUGGGCUGCAGAACACCUGCAAAAGUGUGAGAAGCUCGAUUUGAGUAGCUUGGUGGCUCCGACUGUGCAAUGUAUGAUGGACAAGUCUUCCGAGGCGCGUGAGAAAGCACAACUGGUGCUGGCUGAAGUGAUGAAGUCGGUUGGCAAGGACGUAGUAUUUACGACAGGAUGUCGUGACAUCAAGCCUGCUGCGAUGCGAGCCCUUAAACCUUUGCUGCAAAAAGUGAGCGAUGCCGUUGAAGCCAGUGGAGGCUCUACCUUAGGCGAGGUUAAGGCGUCUGUCCCUACACCAAGCGCGACGCCUCCUGUGGCUCCAUCGGCUACCAGUGGAUUGGAGCGUAGUGGACUCAAGAGAAGAGCUAGUGCGUCUGCUGGUAGUACGCCAGUGAAGUCGCGACUUUCGCGUCCUGGGUCGCUUCGAGCGCCUACGGCAUCGUCUUCUUCACUUUCAGAAACCUCGGCAAAGGCUGGACCAUUAUUGAAGAUGACUACCAACAAACCGGCGAGAAUUUCGAAGGGCCAAUACAACAAGUGGAUCUUCGAGACGACGUCCACUAGUGAGAUGAACGCGCGUAAAGGUGAACUCGAGGCCGAGUGGAAACCUUACUUGUCACCGGAGUUUCACGCUAAGUUAUUUGCUCCAUCUCUGGAGAAAGGAAUGCUUGCUGCGAUGGAUGAACUGACGCUGUGUAUUAUCCAUCAAGCUGAUGAAGUGAUCUCGUCGCUGGACCUCGUUUUGAAGUGGUGCACUCUUCGUAUCGUGGACAAUAACGUUCAGGCUCUGGCCAAGUUGUUAGAAGUGUUGGUCAAGCUUUUCGAGAUGCUCAAAGACACCGGAUACCAGCUGGAAGAUGUUGAGGCUGCGAUUCUACUGCCUUAUCUACUACAGGAGAGCGGCCAGUCGAAACCUCGCUUCCGAGUUCGUUUCCGGGACGUGAUGAAGCUGGUUGUUGAUGUGUACAAUCCUGAGAAAUACGUUAUGUACUUGAUGGAAUGUUUCAACGGCUCGAAGAACAUGAAGAGCCGAUGUGAGUGCAUUGACCUGGUCGAGUACAUCGUCGGCAUGCAUGGAUACCACGUCGUUGGUCGCAAGUGUAUAAAAGACGUGGGCAAGUACGUCGUCGCUCAUGAGAAAGAGCUUCGUGAAAGUGCCAUCAAUACACUCGUGGCUGUCUACAUGCGGACGGAAGGUGGAAAUCCGGACAAGUUUUUCCGAUAUGCCGGUAUUACUACACAGCAGGGGACUGACUUGCUAAACGCUCGGCUAAAACACCUGCCUGCUAGUAGUUUUCAGAGUGAAGCCCCUGCACCUCCGCAACAGGAAGCGCCAGAGCGGGAAACUGCUCAGCUACAGCGUCCUCAACGCACAGGAUUUGGCUUUGGAUUCGCACGAGCUGCUGCUGCUGCGACAACUGCUCCAACAAACAACUUCGCGUCAAGACCGGAGGAAGUGCAGCCAGUUGUGGAGCCUGUUGCAAUCCAGCAAUUCAAUUCAGAAUCUUAUGAUGAGGAUGUGGACAUGGGCGCUCCGGAAAAUGAAGCUACCGAAGAAGAGUCGCAAAGUGCCGUCAUUGAAGAGCUUCUGUUACGUCCGAUUGAGAUGCUGAUCAACUCCUCGAAGGAGAUUGUGCCGGCGGGGACACCUGCAUACAAGGAAGGCGGGAAUGCUCUCAAGGGUCUGUAUGCGAUUAUCAACCGCCCUUCGGAUCCGGCUGAGGUCGAAUUCUUGCACUCGUACGUGAACGAGAUCGUUCUGGCUCUGUGUGACUGCAUUCAUGGCGCUUUCUACGCUGGCAACGCUGAGAAGAGACCGGAGAUGUACAUCCUCGCCAUCAGCAUCACAACGCUGACAGUUGUCUUUAACAGCGACGCUGUCACAAGUAUGCAGCGCUACACUGUGGAGCGCGUGCUCCUGGAAUUGUGCUCGAAGAUCAUGGAUCCACGCAUGGAGAAGUUCGCAGAGAAGGCGAAUUUGCCUGCAUCGGAGAUAGCGCUGCUCCCUCCAGAAGAGAAGCGCUAUCUGAUGGUGUUCAAGGCGCUAUACAAGGCUAUGCGGAAGUUGACGGAGCGAGCGAAGCCUGGUGAUGUCUAUCCGUCAGUGAUCAAUCUGCUGCAGCGUUUGAUGCACAACGAUGUCGGUGACUACAACAAGAACGACACGCUCAAGCAUCUAUUGAAGGAAGACUCGCUGGACCAGCUCGUAGGACGCAUCCUGCUCAAACUGUCGAAUGUUCAAGCCAACUCGCUCACGCCGUUCGAGGAAAUUGACAUUUUUGGCGUUCUCAUGCAGAUGCACAUGUUCUUCUCGACUUUACCCGGGGCCGAAGUCAUGAUGGUGGAUAUUGCCAACGACAACAUGCGUUCGGCUCUGAAGAUUAUGGCUGAGAGCUUGAUGAAGACGAGAUCUAGUGCUUUUGAGGCGUCCAUGAAGGACGUACCUCAUACUUCUCCUGUACGUCAAGCUCUCGAAGAGAUGGGCAUUGGCCAGCAACAGAAAGAUGCCAUCGAGUCCACGACGCUGCGUUACGGAGAGAACGGUACCACUAGUAAUGGCACCAACACCAGUCUCGCUUCAGCUGCGCCACCUCGUAUUACGAGUCAUUUUGGUGCCAACAGUGCAGCUAACGGAGUCGCUGCUGCACCAGAGGAAAGUCUCACACGACGCCUGUUCCCACCACGAGACAGCGGCAUCGCCACGCGCACAACGAGGACGACGUCGGCGGCACCGUCACUAGCUGAAACGAUGUUAUCUGCAGAAUCGCGAGGACGAAGCUUCACCUCAUUCCAUGCGUUUAGUGCUAACCGUGGAGCAGCGACGAAUACUUCGCGCCCGUCAACCACAAGUGCACAGCUCGAGAGCCUGCGAGAGCGACUGCAGAUGUCCCGCCACUACAAUUAGGAUGGCGAUUCUCCAUGUCCACAAAACCCAACUCGACGAAAAGUAGUUAGUAGUUAUCACAAUCACACCGAGCAGUAGAGAACCGUAAAAUUAUGCUGCAACCUGUGCCCAACCUGACUUCGUACCACUCGACGUACCCACUAUAUCUUCGUUACUCGU